AUGGACGACGAGAGGACAGCUUCGGCAAAAGUGAGGAAGAAGUCUGCCCCUGCCCAUCGGAAAUCGCUAUCUUGCGAAUAUUGCAACAGAUCUUUCGCUCGUCUGGAGCAUCUUCAGCGCCACCUCCGCACCCAUACGAAGGAGAAACCAUUCUCGUGUGAUAUAUGCUCCAAGUCUUUUGCCAGGAGCGAUCUCCUCGUACGACAUGAGCGUCUAGUCCAUCCGGCCGAGGCAGCAGCCAAUCGAGAGCAUCGCAAUCAUAGCAACCACGAUGUCUCCCAGGCCCCCCCGUCAAUGAUUCAACCUUCCCAUCAUGAAUCCCGAAUGCUAGAGCUCGCUGAAGCCGUUCCGCCGCCCCCGCCCGAGGUGCAAGUCCAGCCUCCUCCGAUUGUGGAAACAACGCACUUUAAUCCCUCUUGGGGAUAUGAUUUGAACCUUCUCUCCCAUGCGGCUAGCCAUGUCGCCCUAGAAGGCCAACAAGAGAGCCUGGAGAGUAUCCGGAAGCCGCCGCCAGCCAUUGCACCCCCUCCACCGCUCCCUCCUGUCCAUGAAAGAGCCCUUACCGACAAUUAUGGAGUCGAGCCCUCAAUUCUAGACCUCACUGACCUUGGGGAUCCGGUCCAGGAUUUUACCGUCUUUUUGGAGAGCGUUGGCUUCUCCUCCGAUUGGGAUUCGGGGGUGUUCUCCACAGUAGAAGAACCUAUCUUACCCACCACUCUGCCAAUGGACUCGAAAGGAAUGAUACGCGACUCUUCCAGACUCGGUCCCGAUGUCAUUCAUGAUCCUAGAGCCGCUGCCGAUGAACCACCGUCGUUUUCCAAUUUUGGUUCCCGGCUUCCGUCUCUACAGCCAGAAGCCAACGACGUGGAUGAUCGUCUGGGCUUCGCGGAUGAAGGCCCCCGUCCCGCUUGGGACAUAUCCAAUGCAGAUCGUCAGGUUUUCAUUUCAAAACUGGAAGAGUUUGCCUACAUUCUCCCCAAAGGCUUUAUUCCACCAUCAAGACAUGCUCUAUCUCGCUUCUUUGCGGGCUAUAUCAAUGGCCUCAAUGAACAUCUUCCCUUCAUUCAUGUCCCAACAUUGUCGAUUGCAAAAUGCUCGCCGGAGCUUACACUAGCACUCGCGGCGGCAGGCUCUCACUACCGAUUUGAGAAUAGCCGUGGAAUCGACCUGUUCCACGCCGCAAAAGCCAUCCUUCUGGAGCGCCUGCAGAGGAGAGAUAGUAAACAAGUUCCUUGUCCAACAUGGAAUUUCUUAUCCCCCCAAUCGGGCUUCCAUAAUUCUCGUGGAUCAUCUACCACCUCGGCCCAGGGCAACAGCCCUUUUCAGCAACAUCAACACCAACAACCCCACAUGCUCUACCCGUCUGAUCCUUCUGGUUACCCACCAGAGGAUUCAGAUGCCCACAUGGAAGUGAUCCGAACUUUCUUACUCCUGACCGUCUUUGCCUCUUGGGAGCGACACCCCGAGCUCUUGCGGGAGAUCCUUUCCCUCCAGAGUACUUUGGCCAGACUCGUCCGAGAACAUGGUCUCUCUGAGCCGACCAUGAAUUUGGAUCCCAAUAACUGGGAGGAGUGGAUUCGAAGAGAAGGGAACCGACGCACAAAGUUAAUAGUCUACUGCUUCUUCAAUCUUCACUCAAUCAUGUAUAACAUUCCCCCUCUCAUCUUGAACGCGGAGCUCAAGUUGAAUAUGCCAUGUUCCCACGAUGUGUGGAAAGCAAAUAACGCAGUCCAGUGGCGACGCAUUGUUCGGACCAGAAUUGGAUCGGAGGUCCCAUUUCAGGAAGCGUUCACAAAGCUCUUCCUUAAAUCUAACAAUAUCUCCAAGUCUGCCCCGAUUUCACCCCUCGGGAACUACAUCUUGAUACAUGCUCUCAUCCAGCAAAUAUUCUUCGCCCGCCAGCUUUGCCUCUCCGCCCCCAAUAUGCAAAGUACCAGUCUCAGGGCUGAUGACCUGAAUGCGCUGGACGGCUCGUUAAGCUCCUGGAAGGCGUUGUGGAAACACACCCCUGAAUCAAGCAUCGAUCCUCAGAAUCCGGCCGGUCCGAUUGCAUUCACAUCGACCGCUCUUCUGGGUCUCGCGUACAUCCGAUUACAUGUGGAUCUAGGACCCUGCCGUCACCUCGUCACUCAAGACCCACACGAGAUCGCCAGGGCUCUCAGCGAAUACCCGCCCAUCGUACGGAGCCCUCGGUUGAUUAUGGCUCUGCUGCACUCUGCACACGCUCUGUCAAUCCCGGUCCGCUUAGGCAUUGACUUUGUGGCAAGAACGCAUUCCUUUUUCUGGAGCAUCCAGCACUCUCUGUGUAGUCUGGAAUGUGCAUUCCUCCUAAGCCGGUGGCUACUAUCCAUCCCGAUGACACAAGCCGAGCAAAGGCUUUCGGAGCAUGAAAGAAAGUUGCUCUUGUGGAUCAAGAGCAUGAUGGAUGAAACGGACAUGGCGGUGGACCCACCGGGCGCGCCUGAUAUCGACUUCAUGGCCAACCCUUACAAGGCAAAACAACUCAGUGUGGCGAUUGUCCGUGUCUGGGCGAGGACCUUCAAGGGAAACACGAGCUGGGCGAUAGUUGACCUGGUCGGUUCCAGCCUUGAUGCUUAUGCAGAUCUUCUUGAAGCUCAGAUAUAA